UAAGAUGGCGGAUGACACCAAGUUUUGAUUAACAAGUUGUAUGAUGCUCGAAAUUUCUCCCAAUCUCCUCAUUGAAACCUCUUCUAUCGACCAUCAAGAUGCCAGAGCACGUAAGACACAUAGAAUGGAAAGAUAUGGACAAGACGAAGUUCUACUUCUUUGGUCCAACAUUGUUCUUAGGCAUUCGAGCCAUUCUGUAUCCAGCGAAUCUGAUCAAAAUCCGCCUGCAAGUUCAGCGCAAAAACGCUCUGUAUAAUGGUUCACGUGAUGCUUUUUUUAAAGUUAUAAAAACUGAAGGAUUCAGAGGACUUUACAAAGGAUUCAUGGUCAGUUGCUUUGGACUGUUUUCAGGGCAGUGCUACAUCACAACAUACGAAUUAGUUCGAGCUCGAACUUCUGAAUAUAGCAACGCUAUCAGAGGAUUCCUAGCUGGCGGUUUGGCGUCUGUCGUUGGCCAAACUAUCACCGUACCAGUUGAUAUUGUAUCGCAAAAACUUAUGGUGCAGGGACAAGGCGAUCAAAAAUAUAAAUUGAAAGGCUCCAAAGCAAUAUUUUCAGAAAUUAUCGUUAAACAUGGACCAUUGGGUCUUUAUAAGGGUUAUUUUGCGUCCCUAAUGACUUAUGCUCCUAGUAGUGCAAUAUGGUGGUCAUCCUAUGGCUUUUAUACUGGAGUUCUCGGUAGUUUAGUGCCAGCAGGGACAUUACAUAUGCUAGUGUUGGCUCCGUGUGGGGUCCUUGCCGGGGUUACAGCCGCCACACUGACAAAUCCAUUGGAUAUUGUACGCACCAGGCUCCAGGUUGAAGGGGGAAACUCAAUGCUGAUGACAUUYCGUACCCUUUUACAAGAGGAAGGUGUUGCAGCUCUUGCCAAGGGAUUGUCAGCAAGAAUAAUGUCAAUGGGACCAUCSAGUUUAAUGGUCGUUUUAGGCUAUGAAACUGUAAAGCGAUUGAGUCUAAAGGAUAAAGUUGAUGAAGAACAUGUUUUGGUGGAAGAGGAAGGAUAUUUAGAGUGCUCUUUUAAAUAGCAUCUAAUUAUGAAUUUGGCUCAACUAGUUAAUAGGAAUUGUAUUGCAUCAGUAAUAAACUGCCAACAGAAGGGUGUUUUAUGCAUUAGAUAAAACUGGAAUCUGGAUGUAUUUUGCACUCUUUUAACAUAAAUGAAUAUCACUUACAUUUUUUAAGAGUAUUUGCUGACUUAUGAUUCAUUUUUUUUUUGCAAAGUAUAUUUGUGCAUGAAUACAUUAACAUUCACCUCUCUGGAAAACAAAAAAAUUAUUUCUUUUAGAAAACCAUUCUAUGUUAAACUGGCAUAAAUAUUUGUAUAUUCCUGUUCAAGAAUCAUGAUAGAAAAAUACACUUUUAUUGGAAUGAUACAAUGRGAAUCUUGACAAGAAAUAUGCUGGUGUGAAGUUAAUGUAGAUAUUUUUAUUUCAUAACUCCUAAUAAUUCAUUUUAAUCUUAUAAUUAUUGAUAUAUAUUAAAUGUUUUUCAUUGCUGUGAGAAAGUGUACUGUCAGUUGUGUUUAUGUUUUGGUUCACAAGAGCAAAAUGGCUCCAUAAUAACUACAUAAUUGUAAAUAUAGUUUCAUAAUCAUGUUGUCAAGUAUAAAGAUUGGGAAAUGCAUUUUCUUACAUGUUAUUUUGUCAUUGUGACACUCAUGUGGCAUUAUGUGGRAAUAUGAAGAAAGAACAAGGGGGAAAGGGG